AUGUCCAGAUUAUUUGAAACAUACUCGUCUGAUAUUCAGAUGACAUUAGCUGAAGCUAAAAGAAAUCUGGCUAACAUAUCGGCGUCCAAUUCUGUUGACAGAACAAGGCAGAUAAGGCUUGUAGAAGAAAACUUAGACGACUCUUAUGACCUGUUAGAGAGACUCAAUUUAGAGCUGCAAAACGUUUCUACAAGUGAUCGUACUAAAUAUAAUGUUACUCUGAGAGAUUAUCAGAAUACAUUGACACAGCUUAAAGAACAACUGAUACAGCGAAUCGAUGAACAGGACAGAAAUCAUCUAUUUCAAGGUUCUUCCUUUGGUAGUGAUGCGGAUGACAAUCUUUCUUAUACGCAAAGGCAGCAACUACUAAAAUCGAAUGCCUCAUUAGAACGAUCUUCUGAUAGACUUCGUGAAACAUCACGUAUUGCUUUAGAAACUGAAGAUAUUGGUGCCGGGAUCCUAAAUGAUUUGAGGAGCCAAAGGGAACAAAUUGUUAAUUCAAGAAAUACCCUACUGCAAGCAGAUGGAUAUGUGGAUCGCUCUAUUCAAACUCUUAGAACAAUGACCAGAAGAAUGGCCACCAACAAGAUUAUUAGCUACGCCAUCAUAGGAGUAUUGAUCAUUCUGAUUGCACUGGUUUUAGUCAGUAAGUUCUACUAG